AUGGCCAGCAACACGUCGAAACCUGUACCCCAAGUGCUGUCGGUUUCUGAACAAGGUAGCCCGGUGGCGGUCGGUGACUCCAACAUUGAUACCUCUCCGCUAGCCCCUCUGCCAAGCGAGGCCUUUGUCUUUCCUCGAGCACACGCAGAGGAGCAAGUUCCAACCUUCCCUCCACGUUGUGUGGCAGCGUACGCCGCAGAGUGGGCGGCGCGCCUCGCUACCGAGGCCUGGGCCGCUGCUCAGCAAGUUGGUCGGCUCGCGGAGAUCAGCGACACCAUUCGUCUCUGGGCUGUGGUCGAUUCGGUUCUUGAUCGAGUCGAUACGCACCGCGCACGGAUGGUCGCAGAUCGUUAUUCCCGAGACGCGCAGACUCCACUCCGCCGCCUCCGCUCUUGGGACUCUUGGAUCUACAUCACAGACGACAUGAUCAUUGAUGCCUUCGAGGCCGCCGCGGCAGCGCAAGGACUAGAUUCUGACACUGAAGAAGCCCUAGCCGAUCUGAAGCGCGUUGGACGUGUGGCGCGUGUUGUGGUAGACCUGACGUGGGAAGCCAGUGACUCGCGAUUUCCGCCGCGCGAGUAUGAGCUGGAGCGAAACAUCGAUCCCGCUCUCUACGGAGAGUGCGAUCCAUUCGCUGUCCGCAACGCUGGGCGGAUUCUCACCCUCGCCGAGGACCAGCUGCACCCCGACGGCCUCGUUCGUGCCCGUGGCGCCGCUGACGCAGGGGACGAAGCGUGGGCCCGUUUCUGCCGUUAUCCCUUCGCUGAUGUCCUCGGCGCAGGUCCGCCGGACACCCCGCCCGAGGGCAGCGAUUACGAUACAGCAUCGGAGGACGACACAUCUAGCAGCGCGAGCGCGAGCGCAAGCGGCCGUGGCCCAAAACUCAUCACCGUCAUGCAGUUCCGCGCCAUGAUAGAUCGCGGAGACGAUGUGCGAGGCGAACGUGAGCCAGACGGGAGCUAUGCCUACGUUGGGACAGGGGGCGGGAUGAGGGUCGAGGUUGGGGUCGAAGACGAGAUCGAGAACGAUAUCGACAUCGCGCUCGAGAACGAGACCGAGGACGAGAUCGGGAACGACAUCGAGGCCGAGCUCCUGGUCAACGACGGAACGGGUCGACUCGUGAAGGAUAUCACCGCAUGCAGAGGGGAGAGUGGGGAGCCAGACAGUGGGUUUGGAGGAGGUGGGAGUCUAGGAGGAGAAGCGGGUUCCAAGUUCUCGGAAAAGCAAGAGGCGGACUGCAGUUGGCACAGGCACAGUACAGCAAAUUCUGAGAGGUCGAUGGUCGACGUUUACACUUGUACAAUACGUUGUAGCAGUUACGUGCACACUCUCAUGUAUCAUCCACAGCCCCCCAGGACCCCAGCCCCCCAGGACCCCAGCCACACAGGCCUCAUCCUCAACUUGGCGCUUACAUACACUUACUCACUUCGCACCUCGCUCUGCUGCCACCCUCAUCUCAUCUCGACAAGCUCUAGUGCCAUCCAUCAUAACCUUCAAUUCUCAGGCUGGUCGUCAGAAAACGAGAGUUUCGGGAUUCGAUUGAGUGCUUAA